CUUUGAUCAUUAUGCAAAUUUCACCAGUACUGUAGAAUCGUUGAAUUUGUAUCUCUCGAACCUUCUUUGCCAGUAAUUAACAUAAUGUUUCAGAGCCUAGCGUUGUGGAACAAACUCAGUCGGUUGAGGAGAACGAAAAGUUGUGCAUGCUUGUACCAUUCUAGUUCUUCCUCCAAGGAGAUUCGAGAAACAUUCUUGGAUUUCUUUGCUCGCGAACAUUUACAUAGCCGAGUCCCCUCGAGUUCUGUGGUACCUUAUGGAGAUCCUUCUCUAGCUUUUGUAAAUGCUGGAAUGAAUCAGUUCAAGCCUGUCUUCCUUGGUCAGGCUGCGCCUCAGUACCAAAGAGCUGUUAACAGCCAGAAAUGUAUCAGAGUAGGUGGGAAACACAAUGAUCUGGAUGAUGUUGGCAAGGAUGGGUACCACCACACAUUUUUCGAAAUGCUUGGAUCAUGGUCUUUCAACAACUAUUUCAAAACAGAGGCCUGCACCAUGGCCUGGCAGUUGUUGACUGAGGUUUAUCAAAUUCCACCACAGAAAUUAUUCAUCACAUAUUUUGGUGGCAAUGAGUCGCUUGGUCUACCAUCAGAUGAGGAAUGCAGGGAAAUUUGGCUUUCACUUGGGGUAGCUCCUGAUCAUAUUCUGCCAUUUGGGAUGAAAGAUAACUUUUGGGAGAUGGGGCUAGUAGGUCCUUGCGGACCCUGUAGUGAAAUUCACGUCAACAGAGCCGACUUGGAAACAGGAGUCGCCAAGGCAUUGGUAAAUCAAGGAAGCGAAGAUGUGGUAGAAAUUUGGAAUUUAGUAUUCAUGCAAUACAACAGAAUAUCUAAUCAAAUCUUGGAAAAAUUACCUUCUCAUCAUAUUGAUACCGGUAUGGGUUUGGAACGGUUGGUGGCCUUCUUACAAAAUAAAAAAUGCAACUACGAGACGGAUCUAUUUCUACCUUUAAUCAAUGCCGUUCAUCGGAUUUCACGUGGAGUUCCCUAUCAGGGCUGUUACGAUAUGGUUACCGUUCAGGGCCAGCGUGAUUGGGCGUAUCGAUUGUUGGCUGAUCAUAGUCGGAUGAUCACGGUUGCGCUGGCUGAUGGCGCUUUCCCAGAUAACAAUCAUCGCCUGCGGCGGGUGAUGCGACAAGCCCUGGUAACCGGCCGGAAGUGGUUCAACCAAGACGCAUCACUACUGUUGGAGCUAAGCCAGAGAGUUGCAGACAUGAUGGGCGGCGUAUACCCGGAACUGACUCGGAAUUUGAGUAACGUCCACAUGCUUUUGCGGUUCGAAGAGGACGUCUUUCGCGACCAUCUGUCUAAAUCCGGCCGCGAAUGGUCCGGCAUCGUCAACCGAUUCCCAGAGCUGUCGGCUCUUCCAGUCGACCAGCAACCCGGACUCAUUGCCGGACUCAAAAAAUUGGAAGAGUGGAGAAGCUCUUCCCGCAGCGAUGAGGUACCCGGUUCGCUUGCCUUCAAACUUUAUAGCACCUACGGUCUGCAAGAAGAUUCCAUGCAAUUAUUGGCUCAGCUGAAAGGCUGGAAUGUCGAUUGGCCGGAAUUCCAUCGGUUUAUGGCCGAUGAACGGAUGAAUACCAAAACCCAAUCGACCGCAGCUGUAAAUAGCUCUCAUUUCCAAUGCGGUUCAAUCAAUGUUGCGUCAACGAAUUGGCAAUGCCAAGAUGUGUACACUCGCAAUUCCGAGGGUCGCUAUAUUUUUAAACCUUUGGACGCUACUGUGACAGCCCUCAUCAAUCACGAUGGACGUUUGAUUGACGCUGCUAAGGCUGGUGAUAAAAUUGCCGUGAUUGCUGACAAGAGCUGUUUCUACUACGAGGCUGGUGGACAAGUAAGCGAUACUGGACGCUUGGUUUGGCCAAGCGGUUCAGCACAGGUAGAAGAAGUCCGUCACGUAGGCGAUCAUAUUUAUCAUCUGGUGGAGGUCAACGAAGGAAACUUGCGGAUCAAUCAAGUAGUUCAAAUGGUGCUGGACAACAGGCUCGAUACAAUGGCUAACCAUACAGCCACUCACUUGCUGCAAGCUGCACUCAAGGCUAUUCUCAAAGUCACUUGUCAAAAGUCAAGUCACGUGACGCCAGAACAUUUCCGUUUCGACUUUGGUCUCUUCCAAUCGGAAUUCACCGUAGAGAUGAUCUCACAAGCCGAAUCGACUGUCCGUAAUUGGAUACGUCAGUGUCUAGCCGUUGACCGAUUGAUGUUGCCUCUCCAGCAGGCCGUGUCUCUGGACAGGAUCACGCUUGUGCCCGGCGAGAGUUACCCGGAUAUGGUCUCCGUCAUUCGAAUCGAAGAAAGCGGGAAAAGCGAGGCCAUUAGUCUAGAACCGUGUUGUGGAACUCACGUCCGCAAUACGGCCGAUUUAGAAGAUUUCGCUAUUUUGAGUGUCAAAUCUUCUGGCAUUGGAAGUCGGUCCGUUAGAGCCGUUACGCGUUCAGUAGCCAAACAAUCACAUCACAGAGCAGAAGAUUUGCAACGUGAGCUGAAUCUCCUUGAAGACGCUGUCAAUAGUAACCCCGUUGAGUCUAGCCAACUGAAGGAAUUGGAUAAGUCCUUGAAACAGUUUCGUGAAACUAUCAAUAGUGACGAUUUGCCAGUAGUGGUCACUAAGCAACUUGCCGUACGAUUAGAAAAAUUGGAAUCGUUUAUCCGACAAGUUGCCCAGGAAACAUUAGCGAGAAUGAUGCAUCGUCAAGUUGAAACAGCUAUCUCUGAUGCGGGGCCCGCAUCGUUUGUUAUCGUCUGCCUGUCAAUACCACCCGACAUGUUAGAAAUCGGCCGCGCGAAGCUCUCUUUGAUCAAAGCCACCCGACAUUGUCCCAGCAAGCCAAUUCUAGUCCUGGCUUGGGAUGACGGAUGUUUGAUUGGCCGGUGUACAGUUCCUCAGGAAAUGGUUACGCCACAUUUUGAUGCCGAGAAAUGGGGCAACUGCGUCAUAGCCAUUAUCGGGGGCAAAGGUAGUUCGCCUAAAGGUCAAGAUCCUCGAUUCAACUAUAACAUACGUAGUCGGAAAUUAACCAACGACGUUAAAGAGUCCGUCGAGCAUCAAGUGCUACCAUUGGCGUCAGACUACGCCAAAAGAUCGUUGUAACAAUUUAAUGUAUGUCAAUGGUAGAGAGAAAAAAACAAACAUACAGCAAAAGUUUUUCAAGAAAA